AUGACGUUUGCCAAAAGUCAAAAAUUUCGACAGGUGCUGACCCGCAAUCUCAAUAAGAUCAUUGAAAUCAAUUAUUAUCCUGUGGAAGAGGCCCGCCGUUCGAACUUCCGCCAUCGUCCCAUCGGUCUUGGUGUGCAGGGGCUUGCUGAUGCAUUUAUGCUAAUGCGAUAUCCAUUUACGUCGCCAGAAGCUCGAGAUUUGAACAGACGCAUCUUUGAAGGCCUUGCUGACGCUUUUAUGCUUAUGCGAUAUCCAUUCACGUCGCCAGAAGCUCGCGAUUUGAACAGACGCAUCUUUGAAGUUAUUUACCAUGCGGCCUUGGAGUCUUCCUGUGAGCUGGCUGAGCAACUUGGCACUUACGAAACUUACGAGGGCAGUCCAGUGUCCAAAGGUAUCCUGCAGUUUGACAUGUGGGGUGUUACACCUACUGAUCAAUGCGACUGGGAUACUUUACGCGAGAAAAUCAAGAAACAUGGAGUACGCAACAGUCUCCUCGUAGCUCCAAUGCCGACAGCUUCUACUGCGCAAAUUCUUGGCAACAACGAGUCCAUCGAGCCAUACACAUUCAACAUCUACAGUCGACGUGUGCUCUCUGGCGACUUCCAGAUCGUGAAUCCACACUUGUUGAAGGAUUUGGUUGAGUUGAAUCUGUGGAAUGAGGACAUGAAGAAUCAGUUGAUUGCUAAUCAUGGAUCAAUCGCUAAGAUUCCUGGUAUUCCUGAUGACAUAAAGCGCCUGUAUCAGACAGUCUGGGAGCUUCCGCAGAAGGAUAUAAUCGAAAUGGCUGCCGAUCGUGGAGCUUUCAUCGAUCAAUCACAGUCCUUGAAUAUCCACAUCGCACGUCCUAGUUAUGCCAAUAUCACUUCGAUGCACUUCUAUGGAUGGAAGAAGGGACUGAAGACUGGUAUGUACUACCUACGCACUAAGCCAGCUGUCAACGCAGUGCAGUUCACUGUUGAUAAGGAGGCGCUGAAAGCUAAGGAA